UCAAGUGCACUUUCAGCAGAACUCCCCGAGCCCCGGCAUCCAGAUGCCCUACCUGAAGGAUGACCGGGUGAAUGCCCUCCUCCCAGCUGUGCAGAAGCUGCCGAAGGUGAGCAGUGCUUGGGAGGAGUUCGCCAAAGUCUGGGCGCGCUGUGGCCUGCCGCACCAGGCCCUCUCGCUGGCGCUGAUCGGGCCGGUCUUCAUCGCCGGCCCCCCGGAGCCUUUGCUGGACACCGCGAGUCGGAUCCGUGCACAGGAUCCCAACCUUUUCCAGCUGGUCUUCGCGGGGGAGGUGGGCCUGGAGCUGGAGAGCUUCGAGUCCCAGGCCUCGGCCGAGGAGCGCCUCGCGGCGCUGCGGAAGUCCGAGAUCGACGAGGAGGGGGGCAUCAUCUUCAAGGCCGGGGCGCCGGUGGCGGAGAGGUUGAAGCUCAAGUACCUCGAGAAGGAGGACUUCCUGGGCUUCCUAACGGACGCCACCAAGGAGCCGGAGAAGGCGGAGAUCUCCGAGGCUCAGGAGCUCCAGGCCAUCUCCCAAGCUGCGCUGGAGCGUUUGGAGGAACUGACGCCCCUCGCCCCCGAGAUCGCGAAGGUCAAGGCGGAGUACGAAGCGCAGGGCAGCUCUGAGCCGAGCAUCGCCUAUGGAAGGCCCAGCCAGGCACUGCAGGAAGUCGCCCAGCUCUUCCCGCACUUAGUGACCUUAGGCGGCUGCGUGCCGCCCGCAUGAGAUGUAGGACGUGCCGGAGAAAGCAGCGCCCAGAUGUGCCGCGAAAAUGCUCCACUUGGUUUGUAUGUGGGUGGCC